ACAUGCUAUAACAAUGGUGGUAACAUAGAGCCAAUUUGGCAUCAAAAAUGGUCCACUAGUCUUUAACCCCAAGGGUAUCUCUCAUACUCCAAUCGUUUUAUUCCAUACAACUAGUUACUGACCACAAAGAUAGCAAGAACCUAGACGUGGCUGACCCGCUAGCACCAGCCCCCAUAUUCCCCAAUAUCCCAUGCUCAAUGUAUAAAUCUCAGUAAUAUUUCUUCCAAUUCAACCAAGAUUACAUCUCAAUUUAGCUCCACCUCAAAAAAUUUUCUUCCAAGAAAGCUUUCUUUCUAAUUAAUUAGCUAUGUUAGAAGGCAAAGCAGUUAUUGGUGAGACCGAUAUGCUUAAAACGAUGCAACAAGAUGCUCUUGAUCUUGCAGCCAAAGCUCUUGAUUUCUUUGAUGUCACUGAAGCCACUGAAAUUGCCUGUUUCAUUAAAAAGGAAUUUGAUAGGACAUACGGACCAGGAUGGCAAUGCAUUGUGGGAACAGAUUUUGGGUCAUUUGUGACUCACCGCUCCGGAAAUUUCAUUCAUUUUCAGAUAGGAAGCCUUGCAAUUUUGCUCUUUAGGGGUUCUGCUGGUCCAGAUCCUGAGGCAAGCCAAUUUACAGGCUUAGAGGCUCUGGACAAAUUAACUGUCUGAAGAAGAAAGAAGUGUUUGCCUUUAAUUUUCCAAUCUCUUACUAUGUAUUAUAAUACUCAUUUCUCUUGCCAUAUUCAAACAUUGAAUGAAAGACUGAUUCCAUUUUCAAUCAGAAAGCGAUUAUGUUAA